GCACCUCAGAAUCACGUACGCACUAGCACACACACCAAGCUAAGCCUGUCUUGCAGCUCAUCAGUGCUCCCGAUCCAACGACUCCAUUAGCGCGCUCAUCGCAAUUCCCAUCAGCGACCGCCGGCUUAAAUAACAAUGGCUUCUAGCAGAGCCCAGAGGAGCAGGACGACCUACGUGCCGGUGUGCCUUGCCCUGCUCCUGCUCGUCAGCCUGCGACCGUCCAGCGCGCGGCUGCUCCGGCCGACGGGGAACGGCGACGGCGCCGCCAUCGAUGUGGCGAGGGAGGUGAAAGAUGCCGUCGUCGACAAGUACGCGCCGCUGCUCCUCUCCAUGCUGCCGAGGGCGCCGGUGCCGCCGUCCGGCCCCAGUGGCGGCACGAAUGAUGCUCCCCGGAAUUAGCAGAUUAAUCCAAGCACCCGCGGUGGCCGGUGGAAUGAGUUCACAAGGGCCGGCCACAUGGAGGUUUCACGGCAGGCUAGAGCUAUUUAUUGAUAGUUGGUGCCUUGGUGGGAGGUUAUUCGUAGAACUGAUCAUCUGUCGUGUCCCCGGUUAUUCGUUAGAGGCUAUACCGUGACUUUCAUGUAUAAAAUACAACAGAUAGCUAGGUACAUACAUCUAUACUAGCGUAAAUAUAUAGUAUAGAGGCAUACAUGUUAUACCUUUAUUCUUUUGUUUAUGCACUUUAUUUUUUGAAUACUUGAAAACAGAUUUAGCAAAUAUAUAUAUAUAUAUGUGCAAAAUCUGAGUUAGCCAAACAGAUGUGAAGAACUCUACCUACAA